AAAACCAAUUGCCACGGAAAUAAUCACUUGUGCAUAUCUCAGUUGUCUUCGCGGUUCCUGACAGAAGUCGACAUUUUGCAAUGGAUGGAAAUGGCUGAUGCUAGUAAUCGAUAUUGUCACAAAUCAGACCUGAGAUGUGAAUGAAAUGAGUGCAUAUGUUGUGAAAACAAGCGAAACUUUAAACGACUUCAUUGUUAAGCUGCGUGAAGUUGAAUUUAGGAGAUUUAUCACCUUGAGUGUUAAUAUACGUAGAAACAUGUGAGAAAACUGUUUUUGUCGUCUGUGGAACACCCAUCCGGGCGGGCGCCAUGUUGACGCGACUGCUGCUGCACGCGCUGGUGCGGCGCUUCUUCUCCGUCGCGUACGUGGCGGUGGCGCUCGUCCUGGCCGGCAGCUUCCUUCUGCUGGCCGUGACGAGCGGCGGGCUGCCCUCGCCGUGGCCGGCGUGCCCGGAGCGGCCACCUCCGCCGGAGCGGCCGCCCGGCCGCUUCCUGGUAGUGCUGGUGGUGUCGGCGCCGGCCAACGAGGGCGCCCGCGACACGCUGCGCGACACGUGGUUCCGCUCCUGCCCGCAGGACGGCGACGUGCGCUGCUACUUCGUGUUGGGGACCGCCGGUCUCCCGAGGGACACGGUGCGCGAGCUGGAGGACGAGCGAGACCGCCACCACGACCUGCUUCUGCUGCCCGAAGUCACCGACACGUUCGCCAAUCUCACGCUCAAGGUGCUGACGGCUCUCGUGUGGGCGGACGAGAAGGCGGGGGCACAGUACGUGCUGAAGUGUGACGACGACACGUUCGUUCGGCUGCCGAAGAUCGUCAACGAGCUGAAGGAGGGCGAAACGGCACCGUCGUCUGCGUCGCUCUACUGGGGGUUCUUUGACGGACGUGCUGCUGUGCAGAAGAAGGGCAAGUGGCAGGAGAACGACUGGAUUUUGUGUGACCAUUACCUCCCGUAUGCCCUCGGAGGCGGUUACGUCCUGGGUUCCAGACUGCUGCAUUACAUUACUCGUAACCGUCAUGACCUCCAGCUGUUCUACAACGAGGACGUGUCGGUGGGGACGUGGCUGGCCCCCCUGAAGGAUGUCCGGCGCGUGCACGACCCGCGGUUCGACACGGAGUACAAGUCGCGGGGCUGCCACAACAGCUACCUUGUGACGCACAAGAAAAGCGCCGCAGAGAUGGCGGCCAUGUGGGAGCAGUUGCGCUGGGGCUCGGACCGGCUGUGCCCCGGGGGGCAGGAGACACGCCUGCGGCUGUCAUACCGCUACGACUGGCAGGCGCCGCCCUCGCUCUGCUGCCGCCGGCACGACCCCUCCGUCCCGUGAGACUCGGCGUGGCCACUGCACCUCUGUUCCCCCUAUCGUUAGACAGUUUGUGUGCAGAAUUUUCUAUUCUGCUUACUACUGAAAAAUUGGUACUGUUGUGUGAUCUUGAUAUUCAAAUAUCUGGGUUCGCACCCAAAUUACUGUAGUCACAUUCCACAGUGUUUCCAACAGCUUCCCUAAUUGUCUUCGUCAUGUGUGGUAUGCAUUCAGAAUUGGACUCUGCACGCUAUCCAAACAAAUGUUUCCAGCCACCCUGAAGAAUGAGAAAGUCUUGUAGAAUUCUAAGGCUAAACAAAAGGCUGUGUCAAACUGCUGAAAGGAAAACUUCUUAUAAGAACAUCUACAUCUACAUAUAUAGUCAGCUAGCCACCAAGCGGUGUGUGGCGGAGGGCACUAUUUGCACCAAAGUCAUAUUUCCUCCCCUCUGUUCCACUCGUGGAUCGCACUAGCGAAAAUCGACUGUCUGAACACCUCAGUACGAGCUCUAAUUUCCCUUAUCUUCCAAUGGUGGUUCAUUGCGUGAUUUGAAAGUUGGUGGUAAUAAUAUAUGCUCUACAUCCUUGGCGAAGAUUGGACUUUCGAACUUAGUAAGUAGACCCUUUUGUUUAAUGCGCAAGCGUGUCCCACUUAACUUUCUAUGAGAUUUGUAACACUCUCAUAAUGGCUAAAUGUACCAGUCACAAAUCUUGAUGCUCUUCUUUAGACCUUCUCAAUCUCCUGAAUCAGACUCAACUGGUAAGGGUCCCAUACAGACGAACAAGACUGGACAAACUAACGUAUUGUAAGCAAUUUCCUUUGUUGAAGGACUGCAUCGCUUCAGGAUUCUAAAGAUAAACCACAAUCUAGAGUUUGCCUUGCCUGUUACUUGUGUAAUCUGACCAUUCCAUUUGAGACCAUUUCAAACAGUCAGACCCAGAUACUUGACGCACAUUACCGCUUCCAAAGACUGGGCAUUUAUUUUGUACUCUUACGUUAAUGGGGAUUUUCACUUUGUUAUACACACUAGGUUACACUUAUGAAUAUUGAGAGAUAACUGCCGGUCAUUACACCACACAUUUAUUUUCUUCAAGUCCUCAUUGCUUUGUUCACAACUUUCGUAUGAUACUACUUUCCUGUAGACUACAGCACCAUCGGCAGACAGUCUAAUGCCACUGUCAGUACCAUCAACCAGAUAAUUUGUGUAAAUUGUAAAAAGUGGCAGACCUAUUACACUGCCCUGGGCACGCCUGAUGUUACACUUGUUUCUGUUGACGUCUGCCCAUUGAGAAGGACAUACUGCUCUCUGUCUGUCAGAAAACUUUCUAUCCAACUGCGUGUUUCAAUACUGUAAGGGAUGCCUUAAUGGGCACUUAUUUAUGAACAGGCACAGAGAGAGUGAGUGAGAGUUUUGAUAUGUAUCCUGACACAUACUAAGCAGAAUGAGAUUUUCACUCUGCAGUAGUGUGUGCACUGAUAUGAAACUUCCUGGCAGAUUAAAACUGUGUGUUCCGGACUGAGACUUGAGCUCGGGACCUUUGUCUUUCACAGGCAAGUGCCCUACCUAGGCUGUGGCUAAGCCAUGUCUCUGAAGUAUCCUUUCUUUCAGGAGCGCAAACCUUGCAGGUGAGCUUUUGGAAAGUUUGGAAGGUAGGAGACGAGGUACUGGCAGAAGUAAAGCUGUGAGGAUGGGGCGUGAGUCAUGCUGGGGUAGCUCAGUUGGUAGAGUACUUGCCCGUGAAAGGCAAAGAUCCCGAGUUAGAGUCUCGGUCUGGCACACAGUAUUAAUCUGCCAGAAAGUUUCACAUACUAAGCAAUUCGAACACCAGAUCCUAAACUGAAGCUGAUGCUUCUCUUAGCUAUGUUAUCCACCACUGCCAGAUUGUCUUCUUCAUUACAAGAUCACAGAAGUCCAGUGCUUACAUUGUUGAUGCUAAUUACAUUUCAUGCUCAAAUUGCAGCAGUGUUUAGCGACAACUGAUUUAGUUGGUUGCUCCAGUCGCAUGUAUUUUGACAACAUCAUAACACUGCUUUCCUUGGUCAGCUAUUUAGUUUUACUAAUUAGUUGAGGGUUUAUUGUUAAGUUUUCCACUCUUUACAUGACAUGACUAAUCACUACAGUAGUACAUUCUCUACAGUUUUUGAGUGCCCCUAUUUGAAGUGAAGUUGUCAUAUUCCAUACUGUAAUGGUUAUCAUCAAAUAUAGCGUGCAGAUUUUGUCACUCUCUAUUUGUACUCUAACCAAACUGUGAACGCAACGUAAGUAUAGAAACAAUCUUCACGACGCAUAUGUAAAUUUACAUCUGAGGAUGGGGUGAACAUAAAGUUAAUGUACUUUCAAAAAUGUAUAUUUUGAGGCACAAUUUGUUUUCGUGGUGUGUCAGGGAAGCAGUUUCAUUGAUAUUGGUGCAUUUCACUGUAAUGUCACAGACACUAUGAUUUUGACUUUAUGUGCUAGGAGCACUGCUGUUGAGUAAGCAUAUGAAUCAGGUCCGUGGGUCACCAAAGGUUGCCCCUGUCUGCUUUAAUGUUACCUGAUGGGUAUCCCAAACAUUCAAGCAGUACUAAGGAAUGGGUUGCACAGGUAUUUUGUGUGCACUGUCCGUUGUAGAUGUGCUGCACUUUUCUAAAACUCUCCCAAUAAUCCAAAGCCAUUCACCUUCCCUACUAGCAUCCUUAUGUGCUCAUUCAAUUUGCAAUGUUACGCCUAGCUAUUUAAUUGAUGCAGCUGUGUUGAGCAGCACACUACAAAUACUGUGCUUGAAUGUUAUGGGAUGAUGAUUCUUAAUUUGCAUUAACUUACAUUUUUGUACAUUUAGAGCAUGCUGAUAUUCAUCACACAAAAUAGAUUGGUUCAAAUGGCUCUGAGCACUAUGGGUCUUAACAUCUGAGGUCAUCAGUCCCCUAGAACUUAAGAACUACUUAAGGCUACCCAACCUAAGGGCGUCACACACAUCCACGCCCUAGGCAGGAUUCGAACAUGCGACUGUAGCAGUGACGUGGUUCCAGACUGAAGUGCCUAGAACUACUCGGCUUUGGUGGCAAUACUUUGCCCUAUUCUACUGUGUCGUCAGCAACCAGUUGCAGAUUGCUGCUCCUAGUCUCCAACAUAGCAAUAGGAGUACUGCUAGUUUCACCAUUAUGGCUUGGAAGGCCUUCACAAACUUCUUAGUAGUCUUAUUGGAGUUUUGAGAUCAGUUCCUGUGCUUGCAGAAAAAUAAUAGUGAAUUAAAGAGGCGUCUAACUUUUUGCAAGUACACAAAUUAUUGUUUUAUUUUAUCACUCAAAAAUGCUUCACACAUUUGCAGCACCCUCAGUGCUUUUCUUUAAUUAUUAUUUUCCUCUUAUUUUACAUUGUGUGUGUCCUAUGCCUGCCAACCAAAAUCAGCCACAGGUCUAAAUUAGUACACCAUAUCAUCAUUGUAGCAUUCUGCUGGUACUUAGCUGUGACAAGUUUGUUUUUCUGUACCAGAUGUGUUUUGUGUAGUUGACUUGAAUGUUUUCUUCUGCUCAUUUGUAAAUACUGUGUCCUAUUAUGUUGCUGUUGCUCUGAUCAGAGACAUAAAUUUGUGCAUUGAAACAUGUGUCCAAGUCACAGCAUACCUAUUUACAAACGAUCAGGAGAAAACAUUCAACUUGACUACACAAAACACUCCUGUUACAUAAAAACAAACUUAUCACAGCUAAGGACCAACAAAAUACUACAAUCAUGAUAUGGUGUAUUAAUUUAGACCCAUACCUGAUUUUGGUCGGCAGCCACAGGACACACAAAAUGUAAAAUAAGAGAAAAAUAGUAAUAAAAAAACCACUAAAGUUCCCACAACUGUGCUGAAACUUGUUUGGGUGAUAAGACAAAACAAUAAUUUGUUUACUUGCAAAAAGGCAGACCCAUCCUUACUUCAUUAUUACUUUCCUUAAUAGUAAUUUUCUGUUCUACUUUAUUCCAUUGUACUGUUCCCCAUAAGUUAUCAAAUUUUUUAUUACAGUGGUGUGUGUGGAUAAGUGUUAGUAGACAGUAUAAAAAACAAAUUAAGAUGUGCAAGCAUAAUUUUUAGUACUUCUUUGUCCACGACACCUUUCAGUUAAUGUAUCCCAUCCAGAAGCUGCAAGGACAAAAAUCCAAACUGUGUAGGCUCAUAUACAGACUCAAUGCCACUCUCCAGUGUCUCACAGUUCUCCAACAUGCUCUUUUUUAAUUGGUAUUGUACAACAAGUUGUGGAAUCUUCUUCUCAGUGCAGUUGUUUAAAACUGCAACUAUGGAUGUUUAAAACAACACAAAUUUUCUGCAGUCUAGUUUCCCCUUAUUGUUCUUGCAGUCCUCGUUCCAAACAUUCCACGGGCGCACUUCUCCACUCGCUACAGUGACACCACCUCCAUAGUCUGCUGCCUCGUCCACUCCUUUAUUAAACUGUUUGUGAAACAAACUCGGCACUUGGCAGACACAAUCACAACUCAAAUUGUAAAAAAAGCUAGUGCCAUGUGGCGAUGAUGUGGUUAGCUGGCAGAAACAUUAUUUCCUUUGAUGUGUUCUGACACUAUGACAGACAGCAAUGCGCAAACAUAGGCCAUUCAGCAGUUGGGGGAAAUGUUGUUUCAAACAUGUUGCAGACUCAGUGUGUGUGUGGCUGUACUUAUCCCUAGAUAUUCAAUGUUCUAUUUUCUUGGAGAGUUUGUAAUAAUUACUUCAUUUUAAGUAUUUGUGUCCUCAUUUUUUAAUUCCAUAUCAACCACGUAUGAAAUGUAAUAAUGUUUUCUCUCUGCAUUUCAAGUCUCUGCAGUGGGGGGUCACUUUUAGCAAAUUCUCUGUCAGUGUUCUCGAAGACAAGUUUAAGUAAUACGGGUGUCUCAGCCCACCAUACAACUUUAAUUUCAGUUUCUCAUACUGGUGUCUUAUUCAGCAGAAGGUUUCUUCGAUACACAUUUUAACUAGUCUGAUUAAUUUGAGGCUAUUCCCGAGUCUUUAACAAUGUUCACUCUCAUCUGUUCGUCCUAACAUCUACUUACCGUAAUGAACACUGUUUUGUAACUGCCACACUUGACAUGACAACUAGUCAGUACUGGUAUGUAAAAUGCCUAUUGUGAGAAAACAUAAUUUGAUGUGUGCAAAAUUGUGAAUAGGUGAACAAAAUGGCAACUUAUCAUAAGUGCACAGUCAGUGUAGGGAAACAUUGCUUGGCUGUGACCUGGAAAAUAUUUGUUGUUUGACUGUGUAGCUGUACAUACAACUCCCCAAUGAUAUCUAGUCCAAAGGCUUCAGUUCUUAGUUGUUUAAGUCUCGUCGCCAGACACGCCGGUGGGAUGAGUGAUUUGUGCCAUAUAAAUGCGGCAUUUACUAUGUGAUAUUUAUUUGCAGCAGUAUUCUUCUCGUCAUGUCCUGUGUACAUUUGUACCUCCUUUUUAUUUGUGUACUUCAGUGUUUGUGUACCCUGUUAAUUCAGAGGAAUAAUUGUUGUACAAACCAUAAAAUGCUUGAACAUUGGUAACUAAAGACAAAAAUAACGUUACCUGCACAAAAGCUAUAUUCAAGCAUAAUUUAUGAUGAUGUUCCACUUACUGAGUUUUGUGUGUGUCAGUUUGCAGUAACUGUUUCCAUAUAUAUAUGUGUAGAAUAUUGAUGUUUUAAAAUAUACGCCAUGAGUGGUGAUAAAUUGUCAGCUGUUUUUAAAAAAUAAAGUAAAUAAAAUAUUUAUUC